AUGUUCAGACUUAGGUAGCUCUCUUCGUACAGCUUAAAGACUAAUCGAAAGAAAUAGAUCAAAGAUGUCUGGCAGCUGCUGCUCUGGGACUUGCACCAUGGUGCCAGCCAUCUCUAUCUGCUCAACAGAGGUGAGCUGUGAAAGUCCUGCCAUCUGCCUGACCACUGCCUGCCCAAGUCCAACCUGGCAACUGGUUAGUUGUGAAGAACCAUGCAGCACCUCCCCAAGCUGUGCCCCAAGUUGCUGUGAAUCCUCUUGCUGUGAGCCCAGUUGCUGCCAGCCAGUAUGCUGUGAGCCUACUCCAUGUGAACCAUCUUGUUGUGAACCCAGUUGCUGUGAGCCCAUCUGCUCUGUGUCUUCUUGUUGCCAACCAGUCUGUUCUAUACAAGCUUGCUGCCAGCCUGUUUGCUGUGAGAGCAGUUCUUGUGAGCCAUCUUGCUCUGUGUCAACCUGCUGCCAACCAGUGUGCUCUGUACAAGCUUGCUGCCAACCUGUUUGCUGUGAGAGCAGUUCUUGUGGGCCAUCUUGCUCUGUGCCAACUUGCUGCCAACCAGUCUGCUCUGUUCCAACUUGCUGCCAGCCUGUUUGUUGUGAAUCGAGUUCUUGUGUGCCAUCUUGUACUGUGCCUUCUUGCUGCCCAGCCAUAUGCUCUGAGUCCAGUUGCUGCCAGCCAGCUUCCUGUGUGACACUGGUCUGUGAACCUGUCUGCCAACGUACCGUCUGCUGCCUACCCAGUCCUUGUGAGUCAACUUGUGUAGUCCAAGAGCCUUCUUGUUGCAUUCCCAGCAUCUGCUGUCAACCCACCCUUUGCCAACAAAGCGUCUGCCUUCCCAGUCCAUGUCAGCCAUCUUGUUACGUAGUAAAACGCUGCCAAUCAGUUUCCUGCGAACCCAUUUCCUGCAGACCCACUUGUGUGUCCACCUCCUGCCAACCACUCUGUUGCCGUCCUGGGUCUUCUGCCUCUGUUGUCUGCCGACCAGCUUGCUCACGACCCACUUUCUAUGUACCCAGUUCCUGUAGGCCACCUUGCAUCACAUCUAUUUCCUACCGUCCAGCUUGUUACCGCCCCAUCUGUUCUUCUCCUCUUGGCUGCAGACAACCUUACCUGUCUUCUCUUUAUCGUCCCAGCUGCUACCGCUCAAGCUACUCCCUACCUUUUCUGCGCAGGCCAGCCUGUGUCACUUCCAUUGCUUCUCGGCCAGCAUGCUGUCAACCAGUUUGCUCCGAGCCUAGCUCCCCUUCUAAGCCGACUUGUGACAAGUCCACUUCCGGACAGCCAGAUGGCUCUGAGUCUACUCCCUGCAAACCAGCCGUCUCGGAGGCUAGUUCUAGUGAGCCAACAAACUCAGUGACCACUUCCUGUACUCCCACCAGCCCAACUACCUGCGAGUCAACUGCUGGCAAAGCAGAGGAUGGUAAAUCAUCUGGCUGCUGCUCCAGAUCCUGCAGGUCCAGACAUUAGAAAACUUGCCUCAACGAUGAAGAAAAAAGCCUCUGGCCCUAUGAGUAGUUAUUACAUGUCUAAAUUCCCCCCUUCUCUGUCCCUUACCCCAUUCUGCUUAUGCUACAAAAUACUUAUUUGAAAUAUCCACCUGCAAUCUAGAACUCAAUUUGAAGACCCAGUUAGGCAUGGAAAAAAAGGGUACCUGGUAUCCUUUCCCCAGGCUGCCAUCAGACCAUGGAGCAGUGAAUGGUGUCUCUUGUCUCCUGACCUAUCCCUUUCCAUUUCCGAAGCUUCUUCCAGACUGUAUGGUUCCCUUGAAACCUCUUUCUUGUUCAUGAUGUUCUUUUAGGUGUGAGAAACUUCUCUUGUUUUCAAAUAAAAUUG